GGCUGCCCUGCGCACCAGGCUGCAGUCUUGCACUGGCAGACCAGCUGGGGCCUGGACAGCACACAGGUCAAUCGAAUCGAGGCGAGGCAGCGCUUUGCUGCUUUGCGUCACAGGCGUCCUUCUUGCGGACCCGAGGAAGCAGGAAGGAAAGGGUGUCUGGGAAAGAGGCCAUUACAUCCCUGCGAAAGCCUGCGUCAAAGAUAAGGACUGUAGACAAUUGCUCAAGAAACGGGAAUACACUCCGCUGUGUCAGGACACUUGAUCAGACGGGGAGUCCCUCACAGGAGUUUUCGCAGAGCAGAUUGCAUCUUGGUUGCAAAGUGACCCUGAGUUCCAAGGAUGUCGUCUUUUCGAAAGUAUGCCGGAAAGGCAAAAGACGCAACAUCUGUCAGUUUGGCGAAGGCUGGCAGCGGCAACUACAAGGAUCUGGAUGUUGCUGUGGUAAAAGCAACCAACCACAUUGAGUCACCUCCAAAGGAAAAGCACGUACGAACAAUACUGGCCGCAACAUCUGCUGCCAGGCCACGGGCGGACAUCGCAUACCUCAUCAAUGCAAUUGCGAAGCGGUUAUCCAAGACGCACAACUGGGCGGUCGCUCUGAAGACAUUGAUGGUGAUCCACAGAUGUCUGCGAGAAGGAGACCCUACUUUCCGCGAGGAGCUUAUCAACUUUUCUCGAAGCCGUAACCACCUCCUAAAUAUGUCUCACUUCAAGGACGAGUCCAGUCCCCCAGCUUGGGACUACUCUGCAUGGGUACGAGUGUAUGCGCUCUUCUUGGAGGAAAGGUUGGAGUGCUUCCGGGUACUGAAGUACGACGUGGAAGCUGAGCGUUCGUCGGGCCAUAGUAAGACCCGAGAGCUAGAUACUCCAGAUCUCCUGGAACAGCUUCCGGCCCUGCAGCAGACCCUCUACAGGCUGCUCAACUGUCAGCCUGAAGGGGCUGCAACUUCAAACUUCGUAAUCGAGGCUGCUCUUGGAUUGGUUUUGAAAGAGAGUUUCAAGCUCUACAGAGCAAUCAAUGAUGGCAUCAUCAAUCUGGUGGACAAGUUCUUCGACAUGCAACGGCAUGAUGCAAUCAAGGCUCUAGAGGUUUACAAGCUGGCUGGAAAGCAGGCAGAAAGACUGGCGGAGUUCUAUGAGUCGUGCAAAACCCUCGCCCUUGGACGGAGCUUCCAAUUCCCCACUCUCGAGCAGCCGCCCACCUCUUUCCUGUCUACGAUGGAAGAGUACGUUCGGGAUGCUCCCCGUGCUGAGCAAAUGCCUCGGGAAGUCUCGGAUGGCUACGAGGAGGGUCCUCGGUCAUAUGGUGGGGUUUCGAGAGGGGCAGCCGGGAAGCAGGAGCAGGAGGCGUUCCGAGAGCCGGUCCCCAAGCCGGGGCAGCGCGGUGGACCUCCUGCACCACUGCCAGUUGAAGAGCAGCCAGACUUCUUGGGAAUUACGGCCACAGCAAGCCCGGAGCAUGGCAACGCCCUGGAUGAGUCCAACGCACUUGCUCUGGCAAUUGUGCCGAGUGGUCCCACAAGCAAUGGAGGGGUGGCCCCAGCAAGCAACGGUUUUGAUUCAGCCGGCGCUAGCGGUUGGGAGCUUGCAAUUGUUCCCACUCAGGACUCGAAUUCUCAAAAGGUUGGCAACUUCGAUAAGCUGACCCUGGAUAGCCUCUAUGAGGACGCACUGACGAGGCGGUCUCCUUACACAACACCCCCUGGGAGCUACAACAGCGCAGGGAGUUACAACGGCCCCGUCUCCAGCAACCCUUUCGCUCCAGUUGCUGCACAGUCGGAUCCGUUUGCAGCCUCCUCGAAGUUUGCGCCACCUCCAUCCGUUCAAAUGGCACAGAUGCGACAGCAGCAGGCGGUCCUGUAUCAGCAGCAGCAAGUUUCGCAGCAAGGUUAUGGCUAUGGGGCACAGCCGCAGGCUGGGUACGCCCAGCCGCAGAUUGCUGCCAAUCCGUUCGGCAAUCCUUACCAGGCACAACCACCUGCACAAGCGUACAACAGCAACCCUUUUGGCAAUCCUGCCUUUUAGACGAUGCAGGUUCGGAGGUACUGUGAACUUGGUUUUAGUGUGCUCGUCAGGAGUUCGAAAUGCCCCGAAAUGUUUGGCUAUGCAAGUCUAGUAUACCGACUAGAUCUUGGGGAGGGAUAUCUAGUGGAGCUUGGAGGAUUCUAAGCUGGCAUUGCAGAAGGGUUUGGACUGAGCACUAUCACAUUCCUAUUGAAAGAGUUGACUUGAGACUCGAGCAUACAUUGUCUUCAACUAAAGGUAGCCACGAUAAGGAACUCCUACCCUGCUAAAGAUGGAUUGUUAUCAUCUUUGCUAGCACCAACAUGUUUUGUGCGAUGUUUUCGGGGGGCUGACAACUCCGCGCCCAAUGAUCCCCUGAUCUCGUAUAGACCGAGUUGGGAUGUGCCCCUUGC